CCGGGGUAUCACGUGCCAUGGUGACUGACACCGGACGGGCGGGCACCCUUUUGUUCCGUCCCACCACCACCAUCAUCGAGCGCCCUAAGGACAGCUACUAUUGAAGCCGCUUUCAUGAUUGGGGAUUCGACCAACUCCCCUGACGGAUCCGAACAUCAAGUGGGACUGCGACGUCGCCAGAGACGAGUCCAAGUAGCCAGAGCGUGUGAUGCUUGUCGACUUCGUCGCAUCAAGUGCGACAAUGGUGUGCCAUGUUCAAAGUGCAUAGCACGGGGCCACCACUGUAGUAAUUCUGGGACACCCAAGGCAUCAACUCUCACUGAAGCCUCCGAGGAAAUUGCGCGCCUUAAGCGGAGAAUUCAGCAAUUAGAAACAGAACUCAAGCAGCAGGCUUCCGACCAUCACCAUCUUCCAAGUCCAAUAGGGUCCUCACCAUCGCUGUACUCGGCGCCUGUAUCCAGAGAAGAGCAUUCCAGGCCCGUCUUGAAAAAUUACUGUGGUGGAAUCCAAUUUCGACCAGCACGCUCCUCCAACGAAUCCUGGUUCGGCCCAUCGUCGCUAUAUUCAUUCAUCCAGCGCCUUAGCGAUUUCCUCAAUCUCAAACUCAAGAAAGAACACUCUGUUCACCAUUUACACCCUGUAUCACCCAGCAACCACAAACUACUAAACGUACCGGAAGGCAACCUUCAUGGAAAUACGAGCCAUCCUGGGGCGCUCCCAGCUGGAGAUGUCCCCACUGAGGGGGUUUACCUGAGUCUCAUACAAGAGGAGUAUAUUAUCAAUCUUUUCUGGCAGAGCUACCACACCUCACUGUCUCCAAUCGUGGAUGAGACGCAGUUCAAGAAACACUAUCAGUCUCUCUUGGUGAAUAGCGGCCAGGAUCGGAAGCCCUCAGCUCUUGUCGAUGUUAUAAUUGCUAUGUGCAUGCAAUAUGCAACUUCCACGAUGCCUGUAGAGACCCAGGGACUCCUCGUCGAUGGCAGGGAUGCGCUAGUUGCGGGUCGAUGGCACUAUUGGCGCGGGCAAAAGCUGCUCACACUUGAGCUUGACAGCCCAUCUUUGUCAACACUACAAUGCCACCUACUUUGCGCCGUCUACAUCUGUGGUGGCUCGUUCCAUAAUAUGAUGGACAGUACCGUAGGACUAGCUGUGCGCACAGCCUAUAUGCUUGGCCUACACCUGGACCCUCCAUCGACCAUGCCCGAAAAGGACCGCGAGAUGCGCAGGCGUUUGUGGUGGGCAGUCUACCUUAUGGACAGUAAAGCCGGGAUGAAGCUUGGUCGUCCCUUCAUGGUGUCUCACUCCUACGCCAUGCCAUCUCUCCCCAGUGACACUCUUGAGGCCGCCGCGAGCUCAGGAUCCAUGUUUAUUCCUAUCGGACAGAAUGCCACUUGGCUGAGCUAUAAUCUCCAUACGGUCCAGCUUUACAUCAAAAUCCGGAGAGCCUACACGGACUUUUAUGAACAGGGCAUAUUUCUACAAGGAGAUCAGAAUUUAUGGGCUGAUCAUGAAGCGCAAAACUCCAGCGCGGAGGUUUUGAUGGCACACACUCGGAGUUUCCAUGAAUGGGUUGAUGGUGUUCCCGAAUCUCUCAAGCUGAAGCGUCAAGUCAAUGGCCUCCCUUUGUCCACGGAUUUCACCUCAGUAGUACUUGAGCCAUUUACCCCACCUUGGCUGCAACGGCAGCGUUUGCUCCUCGAACACACAUACCAUCAUCUCAGCGUAAAUCUUUAUCGACAUUCCAUAUCUUUCAGCUUGAAACCACACACCGGGUCAAUUGCAGAAGAACUCGCCAUGAGAUGCGCUUCCCACGCAAUAAUGUUGACGACAAUAACGCAUCAGGCGCUGACCGAGUCAUCAAUUCUGGACGGAUGGCACGAAGCCUUCUUCUGCCAGUGGAAUGCAGUUAUGACUCUUGUGGGAUUCGCAAUGUUGUUUCCGACCUCAACAUUAUACAGCAAGGCUAAGCAUGCAAUCGAAUUGGCAAUCUUGGUUUUUGAUAACUUUGGUGCCAAGUUCUUUGUUGCAGCAAACGCAGCAAAGAUCGUCCGUGAAUUAUCUGUCAAGAUUGAGGCCCUCGCCAAGUCCAGCCUGCCUGAGUACGACAAUGCGCCCAUCUCCGAGGACUUUGAAGCGAACCCCUCAUCUUCAUUGUUCGUUGACCAUGCCAUGCCAACACAGGGUCUUUUCGAUGUUCCAGAUCUAAGCUUGUUUGAUAUGGCCGUCGAUAUUGAUUUCUGGAAUAGUGUCGAUACACUAUGGCCUGAUCUUGAUAUCUCGUCUCAAUUUCAAGCGGAACUAUGAGAGACAAAUAGUCUAGAGCCUUUGAAAAUAUAAUUGCCACUGGCAUACUGAACCUCCACAAAAGUCUCUUUUAUUGAGCCGAGAUCCAGGCGACCUCUUUUUUUACCAUGCUGGGUUCCAUUUUUAGGACUGAACUGUGUCUUAUAGGAACGAUUCCCUUGUUCCAAUUGGGUUUAAUAACCGAUCAAGAUCGCUUGUCUACUGCAAAGCACAGAUACGGCGUUUUUCUAGCCAUAAUUGAAGUAUUCUUGACAUAGAACAUGUUCGCGCAAUAGAACCCAGGCGGUCAUCUUUCUGGCGAAUUUGACGUGCUUGUCUUCACACUCGCUACAUAGGCUAAGUGAUCAAGUUGGGAAGUUGAUGCAUGCAGUUCUAGGCCGACCCAGAACUUAUAAUUAAAUCUUCCUCUACUAGUCCUCUACUAGGUAGUUACUCGUCUAUGGUUAUUAAUUAUCCGGC